UAAGGAGGGCGCGCUAUGCAAAAUUCAUGCGCUGAAAACCUUUAGCUAAAAAAAUAGUCGUCGCUGUCCAUUACCAUGACUUCGUUUGAUUAUAGUGCACCAUUUUUUACAACGUAUUGGCUCCAAAUCAUCUUGUUUGGGGUAUGUUUCCUCCUCGGUGUAGCCUUCAAAAGCAAACGACCAUAUCAUAACAGAAGUGAAGACCGAACUGGCAGGAAAGAUUCAACGGUUGAGAGUUACCCAACCCCUGGCACUUCCCAGCAUGACGACGAUGCUCCACACAUACCGUACUCGUUCAAAGCGUAUCCCGGGGAGGAAAUGGUCCGUCGAUCGGGUUGUUUCUACGGUGAGAUGAACAAAAGGCGCUCGGUAAGAGAUAUCUGUAAUAAGCAAGUGCCGUUGGAAGUCAUCGAGAACUGCAUAAGAACUGCAGGCACAAGUCCAAGCGGGGCCCACAUGCAACCGUGGACCUUUGCCGUGGUCAGUAAUCCAGACAUUAAGCUAGAGAUGCGUAACAUCAUCGAAGACGAGGAGAGAAUCAACUAUGAGAAAAGGAUGAGCAGUCAAUGGCUAGGAGACCUCGCAAAAUUCAAAACGACAUGGAGUAAGCCUUAUCUGACUGAAGCCCCUUACGUUAUCGUCGUCUUCAAGAAGCUGUAUGGGAUAAGUGAAGAUGGAGAGAGGCAGACGUUCUACUAUCAAGAGAUUAGUGCAUCUAUUGCUACUGGUUUCUUACUUGCUGCAUUAAAUAAUGCUGGAUUGGUGACUGUUACAACCACGCCCAUGAACGCUGGGCCACGCCUUCGGGAUCUACUCAACAGGCCAGUCAGCGAAAAGGUCCUGGUGUUGUUACCUGUUGGCUUCCCAUCCCCAGACGCUAUGGUACCAGACCUUAGACGGAAACCUCUCGGCGAAAUCAUGUCACUCCUGGAUUAGUCACUGCAGACACCUCACUAGACUCAUAGACUGGUACCCUGUCUUUAUCUGCAAGUAUAGAGGCAGGCACUGGGUUACAAACCCAGUGACUUCAUUGGACACAAUAAUUUUACAAGCUGAAAUUUGAACCAACACUUUCCGUAUCUGCAUUUUGAUUGGUCUGAGUUGAUGUUUGUCAGCUGCACUUUCGUCAUCUGCAGCUGCUUACAUGUGUGGAGGCAUAGUGUAUACAUACAAACUUGUUUUAUGUAUACAUGUACGUACGAUGUGACUGUGACUCUCCGUGUGAAUGAAUGCGAGGUCAAAGGUGCUUUUGGAAGGGGAUUGACGUAUGCUCAAGGCUGGUAUCUGGCUUAAUUCACAAGCCUCGAAGUGUGGCGUCAGAUGUUCAGGCUAGUACCGGACAUGUUCAAUCACAAUGUGGUUUUCCAUCCAUUGAAAUAUUAAUUGUCAUGCUGAAUACUUUCCCUUAUGUGAGUUUUAGUACUUCUUUGUUGUUUAUGGACACCAAGUGUCACUGAUUACUGUUUAAAUCAUCUUGGACCACCUAAAAUAUUUGUUAAGAUAAUAAUCAUUGUAUAAAAGUCUUAAUAGCGCAGCCGCACGUACCAAACAAGGUACUCAAGACGUUGAGUAUAUACAAACUUUCAGAAAGAUAGGUUAUUGCAGUGAUGUAUUC